CUAAUUCUCCAUUCUAAGGUAUUUACACUUGCGCACACCUAUGACAUAUCUCGCCUCGGAGAUCUAUCGGUGGAGAAGUUCCAGGCAGUAGCUCGAUCCCAGUGGAGAUCUAGGUGUCUAUUAGAUGCGGCACGGGAAGCAUACACUGCUACCCCAUCUACGGUCUCGAAGAUGCGGGAGGCUAUCGUGAAGACGUUCUAUGAGCAUCGGGAGUUAUUGGACGAGGAUUUUGUCAAGGAGUUUCUGCUAGAAAUGCCUCACCUAACCCUGGAUAUAAUGAUAUACAUGAAUAAGCCCCCCGCCGUCACUGGGGUUCGGCAUUAG